AUGCAGAUCCACAUUGCACCAUACCUUGGAGGCCUGAAAGAUCCGAAUUUGGAUAGGCAUACCACUAAAGGAAAAUCACGCCAUUUUACGGUGAAUGGUCUGAGCGCUAAUAACACGCUUCAGCAGCAACAGUAUAACCUGCAACAACAGCAGCAGCUGCAGCCAGCGACUGACACACGCAACAUCUACAACAAUCCUUACAACCCACAGCCACAACAGCAACAACAGCAGCAACAACAACAACAACAACAACCACAACAACAACAGCAACAACGCACCGCACACCUUUUUAAAGCGCUGGCUGCCUCUGCUGCUGUGAGCGGUAACAAUAGCUUGAACCAUCCGUAUGACUUCUCUAACUCAUCCUCAUCGUCGAAUGCCAACAACGAGCAGCAAGGAUCAUCAUCUUCGGAAGCAGAUAAUGCGUUCUUAACUCAUAAUAACGCCUUUAAGCGCAAUUAUAGAAAUCAAAGCUGCCAAAGCAACUUCACGGGAGAGAUAACUUUAAAAGCAGUGCUACAAAUGCAUAAGAAAAUUGUUUUGCACAAUAAUGUACUUAUGGCUCAGCCUCAACCCAAGUCUCAGUCCCAGCUCCAGAUCCAGGCUGGCAAACUUGGCACCCAACGUGGCGGUGGCGGCAGCGUGAAAUUAAUGUGA